AUGGAUCCCAGCUCUCCUAAAUACUAUCACAAGGAUCAUGUUGAUCCAAAAAACUUAUACGACACUUAUGUUUGUGCCACAGCAGAUAAAAAGCACAUGGAUGAGCUUCUAUUAUUCCCUUUAAAGGUAAUUUCUAGUGUGGUGAAAUCAGGUUGUCUAAGAGGAAACACCUUGAUUGACAUUUCUAUUGGCUCUUUAAUUUUCCACUUGUUACCACUUUGUAAAUAUUUCAAAGACAUCACUAUUCUAGAGUUUAAUGAACACUGUCUAAAAGAGCUGAAGAAAUGGCUGAAUAAAGAAGAAGAUGCUUUGGAUUGGUCUCAUGCCGCAAAGUUUGCUGCAGAGCUUGAAGGAAACAGUGAAAAGUGGGUAGAGAAGGAAGAUGAUCUAAGAAGAUGUAUUAAAGGCAUAUUGCCAUGUGAUUUUACCAAAGAAAACCCAACUGACCCUGUCGUGUUGCCAAAAGCAGAUUGUGUGAUUAACUUGUACGUGCUGGGUGGCGUUUCAAAGGACCUGGACAGUUACCGUCAUAAUCUAAUGACCAUAUCAUCUAUGCUUAAAUUAGGAGGGCAUCUUUUAUUGAUUGGGGGGUUUAAUGCAUCAUAUUAUAAGGUUAGUGGGCACAAAUAUCAUAUUCUUAAUUUUAGUGAAGAGGAACUAAGAACAAUUCUGAAAGAUUGUGGUUUUUCUAUUGAACGAAUGGAAAUGAUGGAAAGCAAAAUACGCAGUGAUAUUGUAUAUUAUCAUCAUGUUUUUUUUGCUUGUGCUGUCAAAAUCAGAGAGUUUUAA